AUGCCACAGAUGAUCGCAAGAAUCAUGCUGGAAGAAGCCAGACAACCCUCACAAAUCGAGGUCUACUUUGCCCGUUGCCUUGGCUUUAGCCUCCUUACCAUCGCCGUUCUGACAGUCAUGUUGACUGGUACCAUUCCCUUGAGCUCGGCCGUGUCUGAAGCGGUCACCACUGAGGACUCUGAUCCGAAGGCGCCGUAUGCCGUCCCUACGUUGGUUGUGACAUCCGUCUUCCAUGCGGUAUCGGGGUUCUAUGCUUAUACGUGGUAUACGACCACGGAUCAAGUGGUCUUCGCAGCGGCCAUGGUGGGGUACUUCGCUGUAGCGUCUAUUGGGUUGUGGUGCGCUCUGUUCGCCAGCAGUCACGGAAAGAUCAGUCGCAAGACGGGCGCAGACAAGCGCACGGCAGGAUAUCCGUUCCAUAACCGGGAGGCGCAGAGAAAGCAUGUGGAGAAGCGUGAAUAA